AUGGCGGUCCUGGAGCACGACUGCAGGCGAGAGGUGUGCAACACGCCAGGGGCGUGCGGCGAUCCACGGUUCAUCGGCGGUGACGGCAACACCUUCUACUUCCACGGCCGCAGGGAUGCUGACUUCUGCGUCGUCUUCGACCAUGAUCUUCACAUCAACGCGCACUUCAUUGGCAAGAGUGGCCACAACAGCAUGUCUCGAGACUUCACCUGGAUGCAGGCCAUCGCCGUUCUCUUUGACGGUGGCCACCACCUCUAUGUCGACGCCAGGAAGACCGUCACCUGGGACGACACUGUCGAGCACCUCGAGAUUGUUGGAGAACAUAUCACCCUGUACGGUGAGCCUGUGCACCUCCCCACCGAUGGUGCCAACAAGUGCAUGUCCAGCCUCGUCCCCGAGUUGUCUGAGGACUCGAGGGUGCAUCACUACGGCAUCACCGCCAAUGACUGCAUCACGCACCUCGAGCUGACCUUCAAGUUCGAGGCGCUCACGGAGGAUGUCCACGGCGUGGUUUGGCAGACCUACCGCUCCGAUUACUUGAACCGGUUCAACGUGAAGGCCUCCAUGCCCACAAUGGGAGGAGAUGCCAGCUUCGCAACGUCCAGCAUGUUCGCGGCAGACUGCCAUGUGGCGCGCUACAGAGUUGCCCAUGGAAGACGGACCCCCUCACCCCCACGUCGUCCUCCCUGGGCGACUUGGGGGCGAUACCUUAGCCGCCGCACUAGCCCCCACCUCCUGCUCUCCCCUCCCCCACCGCCGGUGGCCGUCGUAGGCGGCGGCGGGGCUCCCCCUCGCGCCAUCUUGGCUGGAUAG